GCUCUUUAGGCUUAGCUCCUUUGUUAGUCAGUGGAUUCUUUUGGGAAUAUUGGCAUAAUUAUUUGAACAAGGCGCGGGGAAGAUUAUUGGCUCGUCGGGUAUCUCAUUUCGCUGGAAAGAGGCGCCAGGCAGCGUGCAUACAGUUGGCAGAAGACGGAUAAAAUACGCAAUCAGGAUGGAGUUAGUAAUAUUUACAGCAUCUUUCCACAUUCUCCUGAGUCCUGCCUGGGCCACGUCCCAUCACUCCUUCAUGGACCGCAUCUUCACAGCACCCUACUCAGACCUCAAGUUGCCAGAUGAGCCUGUGAAGUUCGACCGCUGUUGUCUGGUGUCUCCACCUCCCCCUCCGCUCUUCCCGCCACCGCCUCAACUCUGGAAGCCUGGAGAGCCUGAUGGCAGCAGCAUAUUCGCGCCGCCAGCAGUGUUUCGAGGGGAGGAGCAGCAAAAUCAACAUCCUGUGAUACCAGCGUGCUCAACUGGGCCCCCAGGACCGCCAGGACCACGUGGUCCGGAGGGUGACAGUGGAUUACCUGGCAUAAGAGGACCAAAAGGGGAAAAGGGAGAGAUUGGACGUCCAGGGUCAAAGGGUCGUACUGGAGCACCAGGCCUUCCAGGUAAACAAGGACUCCCAGGGUGGCCUGGCCCAGAGGGACCCAUGGGUGAAAAAGGAGACCCAGGACUCAUGGGAUUACCAGGACUGAGGGGACCACCGGGGAUGAAGGGUAUGCCUGGUCACAGAGGAGAGAAGGGUGAUGCCGGAAGUCCAGGAACACCAGGAUUAAAGGGUGAUAAAGGUUCCAUUGGUUUGCCUGGGAUGCUGGGUCAAAAGGGUGAACAAGGACCAAAGGGAGAGGCAGGGGUUCCUGGUAAGAGGGGACCCACAGGACGACCUGGGAAGAGAGGCAAACAGGGAGUCAAAGGCCACACUGGAGCCUCUGGACUCAUGGGACCCCCAGGAAUUCCGGGUCCAAAUGGCCCCCCUGGUCCACCUGGUCCAUCAGCCGCUGGUGUCUAUCUGGCAGGGGAAAAGGGCGAGAAGGGUCUUCCAGGCCCUCCUGGUCGUUGUGAGUGUGACACUUUUCUCGGAGCAAAUAAUGCUCCUUUUGGAAGCUACACAGAAGACGAGAGCCCCGAUAAAGUCCCUGCAAUAUUUGUGGUCAGCAAUGAAGAAGAACUAGACCGUCUCCACCUCCAUCAUGCAAUAGCAUUCAGGAAGGACCAGAGGGUGCUCUACUUCCGAGAUAAAGAUGGAUGGAAGCCCAUACAACCAUUUCAGCAGUUCCAGUCCACUGAGAAAGUUCCAGAUAGGGUGGGUGUGUGCGGGGACGGGAAGGUGCAGGCCCAGCACGGAGAAGAGUGCGAUGAUGGAAACCAAAUUGUCACUGAUUCUUGUCUGAACUGCAAAUGGGCCUACUGUGGAGAUGGUUAUCGACAUGAAGGCAUGGAGGAGUGCGACGGAAAAGACUUUGGCUAUCAGACGUGCAAAUCCUAUCUCCCGGGAUCCUUUGGUCAGCUGAGAUGCACCGAGUCCUGCCUCAUCGACUCCACCGGCUGCAAGUACUUCACCUGAACUCAACACACAGUGCAACUUGUCUUUCUAUCAUUCACGGGGGAUUCCAUGUCAGAUUCCCCUCCCCCCACAAAAAUGACUUGCUGGACUGAGAGAGCACGAAAAAGAGUGUUCUCUGAUCUGCUCUGUUGCUCUGUGCCAUGACAUGAAGUGUAGGAGUCAGCUUUUGGAUCAUUAUUUUGCUGGCCUCGGGGAUCUGCUCCUUGGUGGGGAAAUAAUUGUGUGAAGAGACCUGCUGACUGUUAUUGCAGACAUAAGCUGAACUUCUUUUAUAACAAGAGAAAGAAAAAUGCCUUUUUCCAUAGAGGCCUAUAUGGUAGUACACUGAAUGUUUUUAUUUAUUAGACAGCAUAUAUUUAUAAUGUGAAAUGCUGAUUAUUGCAUGUAAAUGUGUUUAACCAGAGUUGUACAUAUAGUAGACAAAGUGUUUUAAAAAUGAAUGUUUAGAGCAUAAAAUGAGCAAUAUAGUAGCAUGAUAAAA